AUGGAGAUGCUUGAGGAAGAUACUUACCUACCCCCUGGUAGUGCCAGACUUUUGUCGGAAGAAUCCGUCUUGGUAUUGAUUCCUGAGCCUACUGCGGACCCUAAUGACCCCUUGAACUGGACCUUGGCUCGCAAAUAUGUCAACACCCUCUUCGUCCUUGCUGUCACCGUGGCAGUCUUCGCUGCGUAA